CCUCACCCUCUGGAUCAGCCUGCACCCAGCCACGCUGAACAAGUAGGUCUGCGUUGGGUAGAUCAGCAGCGAAGCGACGCCGAGGGUUGUGAACAUGAGCGCCCAGAAUUGGGUGUCCUUUUUCAGCUCGUUGGGCGGCUCGUAGAAAGAUCUGAUGGCGCGCGAGAUCAAGAUGCCGAAGAGUGGGAACAUCACCCCGUUGCCUACCGCGGCGAUGGCUCCGCCGAUCAGCACCGGGAUCUCGGGCUUGUUCAGGUGAUGCUUCCAUGUCAUGUGCAGGGUCGCCUCCUGUGGUGUCGAUUCCUGUUGGGAGGCCGAAGGAGACCGAGAAGGAGCGGCGGCUGC